CGCGCCCGGCCGGGAGCCGCCUGUUGAUCGCCGCGCUCGCCCCGGCCGCGGCGCCGCCCCUGCUCGGCCGGCCCCGCUCCCUCGGGGCUGACGGACGGACGGCCCGCACCGACGGCUCCGGGAUGGCCGCACGGACCGUAGUAUUCUGAAGUCUCGGGAAGCUGGCCCGUUUAGAUGUUCACGGCCCAUGAGAAAGGCACAUAAGAAGCCAUGGCACUCCCUUUCCAGAAGGAGCUGGAGAAAUACAAGAACAUUGACGAAGAUGAGCUUCUUGGCAAACUCUCAGAAGAGGAACUGAAACAGUUGGAAAAUGUUCUUGAUGACCUAGAUCCCGAGAGUGCGAUGCUGCCAGCUGGAUUCCGACAGAAAGACCAGACACAGAAAGCAGCCACUGGCCCAUUUGACCGUGAGCACCUCCUCAUGUACCUGGAGAAGGAGGCUUUGGAACAGAAAGACAGGGAAGACUUUGUGCCCUUCACUGGAGAAAAGAAAGGGAGAGUCUUUAUUCCCAAAGAAAAGCCCAUAGAAACGCGUAAAGAAGAAAAAGUGACCCUUGACCCAGAACUGGAAGAAGCUUUGGCCAGCGCUUCUGACACUGAACUCUACGAUCUUGCAGCUGUUCUUGGAGUACACAAUUUGCUCAACAAUCCAAAGUUUGAUGAAGAAACGGCCAACAGUAAAGGUGGCAAAGGGCCUGUGAGAAAUGUGGUCAAAGGUGAAAAGGUCAAGCCUGUAUUUGAGGAACCACCCAACCCCACAAAUGUGGAAGUAAGUCUGCAGCAGAUGAAAGCCAAUGAUCCCAGCCUACAAGAAGUCAACCUCAACAACAUUAAGAGCAUUCCAAUUCCGACCCUGAAGGAGUUUGCGAAGGCUCUGGAAACCAACACUCACGUAAAGAAGUUCAGCCUGGCUGCAACCCGCAGCAACGACCCUGUGGCCGUCGCUUUUGCAGAUAUGUUGAAAGUAAACAAGACCUUGAAAAGUCUAAACAUAGAAUCCAAUUUUAUCACUGGAACGGGGAUCCUGGCCCUGGUAGAGGCACUGAGAGAAAAUGACACCUUGACAGAGAUCAAGAUCGACAACCAGAGACAGCAGUUGGGAACAGCCGUAGAGAUGGAAAUUGCCCAGAUGCUCGAGGAGAAUUCACGGAUCCUCAAGUUUGGAUAUCAGUUUACCAAGCAAGGACCACGAACAAGGGUGGCAGCUGCCAUCACAAAGAAUAAUGACCUGGUUCGUAAAAAGCGAGUUGAAGGAGACAGAAGGUAAACUUCACAAGAAGAGGCGAAGUUUCACCAUGGCAGCAAUUUAAAAACAAACAAAAACUCUUCUCCUUCCCCAUGGGGACCAUUUUAUCAAAGGUUGUUCAUUUCCGUUAAUUGCACAACUAAUAAUUUAAUUGUUACUCUUUUUUAGCACUACUUAUUUAUCUUGGAUUUUUUAACAUAUAUAAUUGUUUUAUUUGCUCAUGGGCACCUCUGGCACCUUGCACCAGUGGACUUGUGCAGAUCUUAGAGGGUGACAACAAUCGAAAUUAUUUAACCACUUGUCAUAUUGGGUUAUCUUGCUUUCUUACAUGAACUUUUUUUUUUUUAACCACUGCAAGGAAUUUAGUAUGUAAAUGUGUUUGUAACUGUGAUUAUGAUAGAGGCCUAUCUCUGUUUACAUACAUAGCUUUGAGUUAGGCUAAAGACGUCAGAAGUAUUCUGCUGACCACGUAAGAAGUUAGUAUUGCCAAUGUUUCACUGGGUGAGAAAAUGUGACCAACUUAGCACAAAUUCUCCCUUAGUUCCAGAAAAAUCGCUCAGUGCACAUGGCCCACUGAUUGAAGGUCAGUGGUGUUAUCUUCCUAAAAGCUAGACAGCAUUAUGAUACUUUAACACAGCAUUAGCAAAGAAGUAUAAAAUAUUUAUUAACCCACGAAUAUAGCUUUAAGCCAGACUCACCGGUAGCAAAAUGAAUUAGCACACCUACCGUUACUGAUUAUUCAGCAUAAAUUCGAUCUUUGACAUCACUCUAUGGAUAACUUUUUACAAAGCUGUUUUCAAGUUUUCCAGACAUGAUGGGAAAUUUUUAAAUUUUAGUGAGGGAGGCUUUUAAAACAGUACAUUCCUAAAUAAAACAAUAAUUGCACGUUAAGGUUGUCUGAUUCACAUGACUGCAUUAUUUUGGCAAAUUUUAGAAGCAUUUAUUGCUUUAUCUUUAGUGUGUUAACAAGAUCACGGGAUGAAAUGUCAACAUUCAAGUUAAUUAUACAGAUUUCUGCCCACAUGGCGUGAGCCAUCCACAUAUGCGCAAACAUCAGUAAAAAAUGUGAAUGAUUGCUUAUCCAGAUGUUUGUCAUCUCAAGGAUAAAGCCUGUGAAAGUACAACCGAGAUGAUUGUAUGGUAGUAUGCAGUAAUCUUUUCAUCUAGCAGAGCAGCAGUGAAGAAACGUGACUGCAGCCUGCGCCUCAGGCUCACAUGUCUUUGAUAACUGUCCGUACCUGAGGCUGUAAUUGGUGGCACUCUGACACUGCCUUCAUCACUUCUUCCUCCCUUCUUCCUUCCCUUCCUUGCACCUCUCUCUUUUUUCUUCUUUUCUCUGUCAUUCCAAGCCUUGGUAAAGGUGACAUCGCUUGUGCUGGUGACACCUGGAGCAAAAGAGAUCCCUGACUCAGGCAGAAGGGAGGCCCAAUCCAGAAUUUGUUUAGUAAUUGAAUGCUCCUGAGUUGCUUCAUAGCAGUAAAACAAGUUAAUAGGAAAAUAGUUCAUAUAUUAUUCUAGUUAGCUUAUAGAGCACAUGCAAACUGUUCAGGAUAGAUAGCCUUUAUAAAAUUGGAUAUUUGCCUAUAUUAUAAGUACCCACAUCUGUAUCUCUAAAAUCCUUUGAAACAUCUUAUUUUCUUGAGAAUAUUUUACACUUUUUGAAGAAAGGAUGAGCAGAACAUGUUGACAUUUUGGAACCUAAAAAUUCUUUAAUUCGUUUUCUACUACAUCUCUCUAUCUAUAUAUUUUUAAAAAAUCAUAGUAAAUAUUAUUUUAUGGUUUCAGUCUGAUUUUUCCUUCCCUCUUACUCAGUUAGGUAUGAUAUAUUAGAGCUGACUCGUACAGGCUUAUCAAUUAUUAAAUUUCAAGAAUUUUGCAAACUGGCUGUAAACACAGCCAUUAUUAAAAAUUAAAUGGCAUAUGCUUACAAUUAAAUACAUUAGGUUAAAAACAAAAGUAAUACUCAAAAAUACAUUUUACUGUUUUCUGUGCUCUUGGAAUUAUUUGCACUUAUUGUGUCUGUAUCGCAGAAAUACCAUAUGAUGGUAUACUCUUGUACAUCUCCUUCCAUCUCAGAAGUUCACAACUUCUUAUUGGUAGAUAUAAAUUGGCCGUAGUGGGAGUAUUUAUACCAUGGAAAUUAGCAAAUGUUACAAAUCAGGGCUUUCUUCCCCCCUAGGUUGCUGGUUGAUAAACAUUCAUUAGCACACCACUGGGUGAAAUGUGUACAAUUCUUUUUUUGUAUACAUGUUUUGGUUACCAUGUUGCCAAAGGGAAGAACAUUUCUCUUACGUGUCUUUCUCCUCUGCUUUAGAUUUGUUGCAGAUAUGUUUAAGUCCUGAGUCCCUGACAUGCCCCUCAAAGUAAGACUUCUUCUUUUCUUUUCUGGUUCACUCUCUUCCUUGCCUUCACUCCUAAGAAAUCUUGGAUCCUAUAGAGUAUUCUUGGCAGCCCCAAGGUGCUGUGGACUGGGGCUAAAGCAGUUCCUACCUAACGAACCCUGGCAGAAAGCGAGGGGAGAAAAAUCAGAAUUGGAUAGUGACUCUGCUGCAGUUGUUGGUAGUAUCAAAGCAAAAUAGAGACCUUAUCAAAAUUUAACACUGUUUUUAGCUUGUAAAAUAGUUGAGUCACAUAGUAGUAUCUGUGAAAUCAAAUAUUUAUUACUAAUCGGUUUAUCUUAUCAUUACCUGUGUUUUUAAAGUAGCUUCAAAGGUAGCGUUUCCAUGAGUACUCGUAUAUUAAAGAUAACUAUUAGGAGAUAAACUUACGUUUUUGGGAGCCUGUGACUCAUUUAAUUAGCCUAGGACUUAAUUUCCUCAUCUGCCCAAAGUGUGUCAGUAGGAGCUCUUUAUGAUCAUGAGCAUGACUAAUCCUUUACCAUCCAUCAUGGUGGGGCAUAAUGUACAUAAAAUAUUUUUAUGUGUAUGCAUUUCGCCAGAUAUUAUGUUGAGAUAUUUGGCAACAUCUGGACAACUGACUGAAGGGAGAGCUUCUCUCCCCAGACCACCUCCUUUCCCCUGUGAGGCUUGUACAGGCCCACACUAAGUGUACAGUCACUCCCCUGGACUUGCAGGCUCUGUCACCAACACCCAUCCCAGCAUGUGUAGAAGAUGACUUUUAGGAGAUAAUUCUGCAAGUCUAGAGAUCAUAUAAUUAGUCCACACCACAUCCCCCAUCUGCCUGAAGUGUAUAAUAGAAGCUGUUUUAUCCUCAUCAGCAUGAUUAAAUCCCUUCCUUUCAUCUUUGUAGGGCAUAAUGUAAAUAAGUGUGUGUGUGUGCAUGUGUGCAUGUGUGUGUGAGUCUUGCCAAAUACCUAAAUAUCUAAAGAGGUAUUUGGCUACAUCUGGACCACUGAUUGAAGGGAGAUGCUCUCUCCCCAGCUCCAUUUCCCUUAUCCUUUUUAGAGUUGCUGCAGGCCCAGGUAAAAUGUGAUAUUACUUCCUGGAGUUUGAGGCUUAGGUCACCAACCACCAAAUUUCACAGCACGUAUAGAGGAUAACUCUUAGGGAAUACAUAUUAGAAGCCUGGAAAUCUUUCUAUUGUUCCAGCACUGAAUCUCUCCAUAUGCCUAAAGUGUAUAAGUAGAAGUGCUUUCAUCUUCAUCAACAUGAUUAAGGUCCUUCCUUCCAUCUUUGUAGGGCAUGUUGUAUUAUAAAUAUUUUGUACCUACAGAUCACCAAAUACUAUAAGCGGGUAUUUGGCUAAAGCUGGACAACUGAUUGAAGGGAGAUGCUGUCUCCCCAUCCCUCUUCCUUUACCCCUUUCAGAGUUGCUGCCGGCCUAGGUUAGAUACAGAAUCACUAACCUGGAGGGGCACAUGCAGCUCACCCGUCUUAGAGCACGCAGUUUCAUCUUACAAGAAAAGCCCAUCUCCAUUUAAAAACUCAGAGAUCAUCCCAAUGCCUAUACUCCUCAAAACAAUUUCCCUAAGGGGAGCCUGGCACACCAAACCAAACAGAACAACUGCUUCUCUUCCAGACAGAAAUAUGGCCCCUGGCAGGGCACCAGUGUGGGGGAAACCAGUGUGCUCUGAACAACUGCCAUGAGAACAUUUCAGACACUCACUCUUGAAACUGGUGUUAAGCAUCAGCGUGCUUUAGGUGUAAGAGAGCCCUUAAAUUUACAAGAGUUUGCAGGUAUUUCCUUUUCUCAUGGCCAUGAUGUGCUUAGCUCUCUUCUAGGCACUGUGAAGGAGACAGAGGGAGUAUAAGAACUCUGGAUUGAUGUAAUUUGAUAUGUGUUUCUCGGGUAGAGUGCCUUUUCCAAAGUGGAUACCAUCUUUAGUUCAAGUAUCCAUAGCAGCAGCAAAAAUGGGCAGGGGGCAGUAAGUUGAGAACACUGGGUUCUGUGGUAUGUUACCUGUGCUCAGUUGUAACUGUUUCUGGAGUCGGGUUUUAAGUCAUGAUCCUGAAGCUUCCUCUCUUCCACUAAUGAUGCAAUAAUCGCUAUUUUCAUUUUACUGAGCAGAGAACUAAGAGGGAAUGUUUUAGCUCUGCCUUCCAGUAGCAGUUUCCCCUUAACUGCUCCUCGUUUCAAAUGUCCCUGUCACUCACCAGGCCAACCUGAAAGCUGAAGGACUGAGCCACAUGCAAAGGAAAGGUGUGAGAAUGCUUGGAAGCAUCAGGCUGAGCCUCCUGGAAAAUCACAUGAUCAGGCCUCCAGGUAACAAGCUGGAAAGAGAAAAGUGCCCAGAACGGCAAGGAUGUUUCCUUGCUGCCAACUCUAGAUCAGAUUGGAUCUUGUUUUGUGGUUCAGGAGUUUAGUAAAGUGGUUCAGGCUGAGUGAGGUGGGGAAGGAAAGGGUAAUGAAAGGUUUUAAUUUGCUUAAGGGCAGAAGCCAGCUCUGCUCAGCUUACCUCUUUCCCUUCUGCCCAUAACAGCAAUGAUUAAACAUUCAGUAGAUGGUUGGAGUAGGAGUUCCAAGGUUUAAAUUUGUAACCUGCCUCUGGGUACUGUUCAAGGGAGGCUGUACACUUACCAAAGGUUCUCCGAGUUUUGUGAUGCAUCAUUGACUCGGGAGAGGGUGAAGGAAGCUAGACUGUUCUCUGACGUCUUCCAGGGUUGUCAUCUGAGCAGAUUGGUUCUGCUAGUUGGUAUGGUGGAAAGGCACCAUACUAACAGAUUUGGAGACCGACUCCUAAUCCCAUCACCAACACUUAGCAGGUAUAUGAACAUGGGCAAUUCAUUCAAUUGCCUGACAAUUAUAGACUACAUAGGGGAAAGAGCACUGGAUUUGGAGUCAAGAAACCUGGACACUUGGCUCCACACUUUCUUAGCUGGGUGACUUUGGGGCAAGCCACUUAGUCUCUCAAGCCUAAGGUUCUUCAGCUGUAUUAUAAUGGGAAUAAUAUCUUCACUAACUACCUCACAGUUGUGGUGAGAAUGUAAUCAGAUAAUGGGAUGAAAACACUAUACUGGAAAGGGCUAUACAAAAGUGGGAGAUCAUUUUUGUUAUCUAUUCACUAAUGUUUUCUGCUGCCUCCUGAAUCUGUUUUAUUUUCUUCUGACCAACAAUUACGUCUCUCACAUCUUGUCGAGUCUGGGGCAUUGAAGCAUGGGUGUGGCGUAGAGGACUGGAAUUAUUUUACUUUCAACAAAGAGGCAGGAGAGUUGGCUGAUGGGGGUGGUGGGUGUUAUAUACCAGUGAUGUAAGUGGUAGGGCAUUUUCCUGGGAUGGUGAGGACCCUUCCAGAGAGCCUAAGGCUGGACGCAAAAGGGAAGCAAAUGGUGAUUGAGAAUUGAGGGGAGGGUCUGGGGCCCUGUUGCCGUCCUGUCCAGCUCUGUCAUCACUGGGGGGAGGGGGGGAGUAAGGCUAUGACUUGAGGUGUGACUGGAGGCUUAAGAGAGAAGACUGUCCUUAGGACUCCAGCAGCUGUGUAAUAGGCUUGAGUUCUGAUAGAGAAGGGCCAAAAGGGUCACCUGUGAGGUCAGCUCUCAUGGCAGCAGCUGCCCUGUUAUCACCAGCAACCUUAGCCCUAGUCAGUGUUAUUUUCUGCUAAGAAAGCUAUUGAAACAUGGCCUCAUAGGACUUUCAUAAACACUUGGAGGCAGCGACUGUCUCAUCAAUCUUUGUGUCUUCACUAGCUUCUAGUAAGGUGCUUUGUACAUAAUAGGUGCUUAAUAAAUGUUGCUUGAAUUGAAUUGUCCUUCAGCCUCACAAGAAUUAUGCUCCAUUUGCCACCAUGUGAUAUUUUUAGAAAACAAUGCUGAUUUGGAUGACAGCUGUGUGUGACUUUGGGCAAGACUUUCCAUCUAUUGUGUCUUCAUUCAUCUGUAAAAUGAAGUGAGCGGAUUAGAUGCUCUCUAAGGUCCCUUCCAGCUCCCAAACGUUUCAGUCCUGUGGUUCUAAGGUAUUUCCAUUGCCUCUGAACAUGUGUGAGUAAUGCCUCCACCGCAGCCCCAUCUCUCUUCUCAAGGCUUGGUUCAGAGGAGGAGAUCUCAACCUUCCAGAGUUAUCUGUUCCUCUUCAGUGGCUUUUACUGUCUUCAGAAUAGUUCUGGAGGAGCAGCCUUUUCUGAGAGGAUAUUUUAAAAUAUAGAAUAUUUUCUCCUCACAAUUGGUGGAGAGGGAGAGGAGGAAAUGCAGAGAAGGAAACUGAGCACAGUAAACACAGCAUGUUUUUCAUAGGCUUUUGUUUCAAAUGUGUGUGUGUGUUUCUGAGCACUUAUUGACUGGAUAACAGAGAGAAGCCAAUCUGAAGUACACUGUGUAAUUGAGAAAAGCGGGCCCAGGAUUAAAAAUUUCCCAUGGAUAAGCUAAUUGUGGAUAGAUAGGAAUUGGCCACGUGGUGAAAUGAGAUGGAUAGAAAAUGUGCUUUUUAAGGGAAUUUUAUUUUAGUACCAAACAUUGCCAGUGACAAUCUUUAGUUAAGAAAGAAAUUAUUCUGACCUAAAAUUCUUAUCUCUGCCACUUUGGUUUAAAAAGAAAAAAAAAAACACCCAGCAUGUUCAUGAAAUAAUAUUUGUAUUUUAAUUAAACUUUUAUCUUAAUUCUGUUUCAUCUAUUCAAAGAAAACAAAUGGCAUUUUUCAUUGCUUUUAAAAGUGUAAAAUACUUGCAUGCCACCAAUCUGUAAUAUUUUACGAGUUCAGAUGCCUGUAAUGUGUGACUUUAUGUGUACUUGUAUUGUUUUGAAGAGAACAAAGGAAAUAAUACUUUGUAAACGGUUUGAACUUAUAUUGGCAACAUUUAUUUGGCUAAGCAGUUAUUGGAAAAUUUCACAUAGUUUCAUUUUUCAUCUUGAAACUUUUCAAUCAAAGGUAAACAUUUAUUAUAUCCAUUAGGGAAUUAAAGACUAAUUUGCCUUUUAAAUGUGAAAUUGAACAUUGUAUGGGAAAUAAAUGUGUGAUGAAGCAUGAAAUACUUUUACCCUGCUGCUUCGUAAGGAUUCCAGUUGGCACAAAUAGGUGCAAUGUUUGACCCUUUGAAAUUAGCCAUCCAGACUUAAUGCUAAGGUAAAUGUAUACUGUUUUAAUUAAUCAAGGUCUUUCUGCUUUCAAAGAUAUAAUGUAUUCAUUGUGUCUGGAAUGCAGUUUCCAAGUGAAAAUGUACAGAACAUUAGGAAUGAAUAAACUUUCCAUUUAAAAUGAAAAUAAAAACUGACUUAAUCUGG